AUGUGGCCUGCAGGUUGUGGCCCCGAGGACUAUGUCACGCCCGAGUGUGCCAAUCUGCCUACGAGUUGGAAUUGGUCAUUGUACUUCUGUCAGAGUCUCCUUGAGUCCGCGGCCGCCCAGGUCGAGUUGUUGGAGACAGACCGCGUUGAGGAUCGGACAUGGACAGGCCGGGUCGCUGGUGAUCGAGUGGUACAUGCUCAGUAUGUUGACAACUUCUUCGCUUGCGGCACUGAUGUCGGAGCUGUCCAGUCUGCCUUUGACCGCAUGCGGCAGGUUCUCGAGGAUUGGGGUUUCAGCAUCCAUGAGGUGACUGAGGCCCAGCCUGUUGUGCACGGCCUCGGCUUGAUCAUUGAUGGCAGUCGCAAGCGCAUCUCCCUCACACCCGCCAGGAUCUGGAAGUUGCGCUUGGCUGCUCUUGCUCUUGGACGCAGGCGGGUGCCGCCUCCUGUGAAAGUCGUUGAGAAGGUCGUUGGUCACUUCACUUUCGCAAUGAUGGUCAGGAGAGAGUGCCUGUCUGUGUUCAAUGCCGUCUACAUGUACGUUCGCUUGGAUAAGCCCUCAGGGUCUUUGUGGCGUGCUGCUCACCAUGAGAUUCUUCAAGCCUCCUCAAUCCUUCCCAUGAUAUGCGCUUCGCUUGACCUUCCCUGGAGUCCCACCGUGAUCGCGACCGAUUCCAGCGAGGUCGGGUACGGGGUAUGUGAAAGGCAGUUGGAGUCGAUUGAGGUCGCUUGCGUUGGGAGGUCAUGUGAACACUGGCGUUACUCCGUGGAGGGCGCCAUCAAGGCGCGGGCCCACGCUUUUGGCGAGGACACUGAGCAGCUCGACCCAGGUGACCAUUAUGAAUGUGCCCGUGUCCGCGAUGCUGACUUCAAAGAGGUCGUGCUAUGCUUAGUGGAGCCCGUCAUCUUCUUCGCUGCCGCAGACACGCUGGACAACGUCACCUGCUCCUGGUUGACAACCUUGCUUUGGCUCUUGCUUGCGCCAAGGGCGACUCAAAGUUUCAUGUACGGUGGAUUCCCUCUGAGCGAAAUUGUGCUGAUCGUCCCUCUAGGCGCUCCGUCACUUCUGGAGGCGGUCAGGAGGACCUCGACUCAGGAUCGCUACAACGCUGUGGUGGACGCCUUCCUUUUCUGGUGCCGGGGUCACUUCAGCCUGUCGACCAACUACGACGCCCUCCUCACUGCCUACCUUAAUGAGCUCUACUCUCAGGGCGCCGACCUGUCUGCCGCGGAGUACGCUUUCGCCGCCUUUCGCUACCGGUUUCCCGAGUACGGCAAGCACGGCUCCAAGAUGUUAGCUCGUGCCACCCAGGCUCUCGAGCCGAAGAUGCGGCUGCCUACCCCACGUGUGGCCUUCGCCGCCAUUGUGGGCGCCUUGCUGGCGCAUGGUCACGCCGAGAUGGCUCUUGGUCUUUCCUCAAAUGGGAUCUCCUUCUGCGGCCCGGCGAGCUCACAGGCCUUCGCCCACACCAGGUGGUUCGAGCCGCCCUGCUUGCGGGGAUGCCCCAGUGGGGCCACGCUCUACGGGAACCGCCAUGGCGGCGUCAGCGAGCUGCGCCUUCUGGGCACCCCGCUGAAGGAGAUCAAAGCUCGGGGCCGCUGGAUGACAGACACCAGCCUGAAGAGGUACGAGAAAGCCACGGUUGCGCAGCAGCAAGUCCGCAAGGUUCCCUUCGGCACCCAGCUGUACGGCAACUUUGUGGAACAACAGCUACCACGUUGCAGUCAGCUUCUCCGAGAGGCUGUGACCGGCAACGCCACGGCCAAGACUCAGCUGGCUCAGUCCUUUCGUCCGCUGCCCAGCGUGUGA